AUGCUUGGGUUCUUGGAAGUACUCGUGGGCAGGACGCGGAACCCCUGGGCAGGACGCGGAAUUUCACCCCACAGACGCAAGGACAGGGAGCGACGGACCCAAACGCAGGUUUUUAUGCGAAUCGGAGCCGGCGAUUUUAGCGCAACAGACAAAAACAAUGCAGCGGAAAAAAGAGCUCGGUCACCAGAUGGGGAUGGGGGAAGUCUACCUCGGAACUCCACAGCCAAACCUAAUUAUGCAUUUCUGAUUUCAGGCAGCCCAGUUGAUGGUCAGCCCGAGCCAGCAGAAAGUGUCAAGUUAAGGUUGAUGAAUGGGAACCGUACCUGUGCCGGCAGAGUGGAGAUUUACUACAAGGGAAAAUGGGGCACAGUGGAUCAUGACCUCUGGGACCUGCAGGACGCGACUGUGGUAUGUAGGGAGUUGGGUUGCGGAGCCGCAUUGAAAGCACCGGGCAAUGCUUACUUUGGAAAAGGAUCCGGUCCCGUUUUGACGACGAACAUUGACUGUCAAGGGGACGAAACAGCUCUGCGCGAGUGUAAAUCAAACCCAUGGGGUGACACUGGAUAUUUACACAAUUGGGAUGCGGGAGUAUUUUGCGAAGAAAGAAAACAGUUAAGGUUGGUGAAUGGGAGCAGUCGAUGUGCCGGGAGAGUGGAGGUUUACUACAGGGGAAACUGGGGGACAGUACACCACGAUUUUUGGGACCUACAGGACGCGACUGUGGUGUGUAUGGAGUUGGGAUGUGGAGCCGCUCUGAAAGCACCGCUGGAUGCUUACUUUGGGAAAGGAUUCGGACCCGUUUUGACGACGCAGGUUGACUGCCAGGGGAAGGAAACUGCUUUGCGGGAGUGUAAAUCAUAUCCAUGGGGUGACACUGGAUAUGCACACAAUUGGGAUGCGGGAGUUAUCUGCGAAGGUCACAGUGCUGCAAGAUUGGUGGCCGGAAAUGAUGAAUGUUCAGGAAGACUGGAAGUGCAGUUUGAUGACAAAUGGGGAACAGUGUGUGACGUUGGGUGGGAUAUGGAUGACGCCAACGUGGUGUGCAAUCAGCUUCAAUGCGGAUCUGCUGUGUCUGUGCUGGGAGGAGCUUAUUAUGGCGAGGGGAAGGGACAUGUUUGGAACAAAGUACUUGAAUGUCAAGGUACCGAGCAUAGUCUCGGCGAAUGUCCAGUUUCUUCAAUGACUCACCAUUGCAAUCACACGAAUGACGUCAGUCUGAACUGUUCUGGGAAGCACGGGCCAAAACUGGUUGGUGGGAAGAACAGAUGCUCAGGUCGUGUGGAGAUCCAGCACGGAGACCAGUGGGGGACACUUUGUGAUGAGUACUUCGGCCUGGAAGAUGCUGCUGUGAUAUGUGAACAGCUGAAAUGUGGUGCAGUCAAUUCAGCUCCCAGAAGUGCCUACUUUGGCAAAGGAAAUGGGCCUGUAUGGAACGAUAACUACCGUUGCUUGGGACGCGAGACUAGACUAGCUGAUUGUCCAGUCUCCAGCUUGGGUCAUAUUAGCUGCUCACAUGGAAAUGACGCCAGUCUAAUCUGUUCUGAUGAAGUUUGGUCGGUGAGAUUGACCGAUGGGGGAAGCCGUUGCGACGGACGAGUGGAGAUUUAUGAGAAAGGCACCUGGAGCAGAGUACAGGAUAAAUUUUGGAACAUCAAUGAUGCAAAUGUUGUCUGUCAACAAAUGCGUUGUGGCAAAGCUACGUCCGCCUACAACUCCUCAAGGAUCAGAGACAGUGAACAACCUGUGAGGGUAAUUGAUGUUCAAUGCGAAGGAAGCGAGUCGCACCUGCGAGACUGCAGAAAGUCCAUGUUUAAACGGUAUUCCUCUGACACCACCGAAGUUAGCGUUCUAUGUUCAGGACACUUGCAAAUACGACUAUCCGGAAGUGAAGAUAACUGUGCCGGACGACUUGAGAUUUAUUACAGUGGGACUUGGGGCACUGUUUGUGAUGACUCUUGGGAUAUGGACGACGCUAACGUCGUGUGCAGGCAACUAGCUUGUGGGUUUGCUUUGGAGGAUAAAACUCCUGAGUACUACGGAGAAUGUACAGCCCCAAUUUGGCUGGACGAAUUGAGAUGUUCAGAAUACAAACAAAUUCGCCUAGUGAACGGUAAUAAUCCAUGUGAAGGGAGAGUGGAAAUCUGGUACAAUGGGACCUGGGGAACAGUCUGUUCCAGCAACUUCGAUGCCAAGUCAGCGGAAAUGAUCUGUAAACAAAUGAAAUGUGGACCAUUAAAAUAUGUUUAUCCUGGCUCAUAUCAAUAUGGAAAGGGAAAUGGACCCAUAUGGCUGGAUGGCAUCGAAUAUUCAUCGCACGAGUCGACCCUUUGGCAGUGUGCACUGCAGCCGUGGGGAAAACACAAAUGUGACCAUACCGAUGAUUUAGCUGUUGUAUGCCAAGACCUCCCAUUGCGUCUUUUUGCCGGCACUGACAACUGCACCGGACGGCUGGAGAUGUUCUUCAAUAACAGCUGGGGCACAGUGUGCGAUGACUCCUGGAGUUUUGCUGACUCCCAGGUGGUCUGCAGACAGUUGGGCUGUGGACCUCCACUUUGGGCUUCAGAUACAUCUAAUGUUACCCAGGAAGCCGGUGUCAUCUGA